UUGCCGCAAUUUGAAAAACUGUUAAAAGAAGCCUGGAAAACCUUAGUGAUUGUAAGUUAAUGACUCAGUAUUUCUUAAGUAAUUUUGUAUCGACACCAUGGCCGCACUGGAACCAUAUGCUGAUUUAAUUAAAGACUUAUUUGAAACUGGCAAGACACACGUAGAGAUUUCCACAAAGCUGCAGCAGAUGGGUAUCCAGCGAUGUUCUGAAAUGAGUGUGAGAAGAUUCUGUGUUCAGCACAACCUUAAGCGAAAAAGACAUGUAUCGGACACAGAACUGGAGAGGGCUGUGGUUGGAUCAAUAUAUGAAACAGGCCCAUCAUAUGGCCGCAAGUUCAUGACUGGCUAUCUGUCUUCAAUGGGAGUGCACGCCGGAGAAUGUCGAGUUGGCAAAAUCCUCAGAGAAAUUCAUCAGCCAUACCACGAAUUCCGACGCCAGGGUGCUCGUAAUCUAAAUCCAAUCCCGUAUCAUGCAGAAUAUAUGGGCCAUAAAAUUCACCUGGACCAAAACGAGAAGCUUGUGAUGUUUGGAGCGACACACGUAGUGGCAGUUGAUGGCUACAGCAGCAAAAUUGUUGCCAAUGCCACCAUGCCAGUAAAAAACAACCUUGUGAUAUAUGAGGAAGUCUACAGAUCUGCAGUGGUUAACCAUGGGAUGUGGGACCAACUCAGAGUCGACCAUGGCAGGGAGUUUUACAUGUGCUUGUACAUGCAAGAGAUGCUGUCAAGACAUGGACACAACCCUAGCAGGCCACCAUACCUUCAAACAACAUCUACAAGGAAUCUUCGAGUGGAAAGGAUUUGGCCUGAAGUGAACAAUCGCGUUAACUACCCAUUGAAACAGGCCCUGGUACAUCUGCUGGACCAAGAAGUCCUCAACAUGGAGGACAAUAUGACUAAAUUCUGCAUUUCAAACCUGACAUGUCAAUUAAGCCAAAUUGGACUAGGCAGAGUGGUGCAAUCGUGGAAUGCACACAGGAUCCCAAGACGUGGGAUACCCAAUGAACUUGCAGCAGGUGGCUGUCCUGCUAAAAUCUCUGGAGAGCUGCUGCCCAAUGCCUCUGUUGUGGCAAACAUGUAUGAGCAGGAGUUUGGAUCCUCGCUGACUUGGGUGUCAGUUUUUGGAACUGACCCAUUUUCAUCUGAGGAGGAUAGAUGUCAUGCAGAACAAGACUUUGCAGAAAACUACCCAGACAUCUCUCUUCUUUUUAAUCAUGUGGUAAACAAUGACUAUACACCUUUCCAAGAUGCCUUGUUGUACCUCAUAAAUAUUACCCAAAGAUAUGCCUGA